CGUACAAUGAAGGGCAUAUACCUGACUUCCGAUGUAUGUGAUAAUGGUUCAGUGAUCAGACUGCAUUGUCCAACUCACACCUCUGUGUGCUCAAUUAGUCUGGGAGCACCAAUAAACACCUCAUUCAGCAACAACAACAACUCUACUGGAGCUGCACUGGCCAUCGACAAAUGGAGCAACUACAACUUCUGGAUCGGCCUGACCCUGGCUGUUAUGUCAGCUUUUCUAAUUGGAGGAAGUGUCCUCCUGAAGAAGAAGGCAUUGCUCCGCCUUGCCAGUAAUGGAGAAACACGGGCGGGGGAUGGAGGCCAUGGAUACCUUAAAGACUGGCUUUGGUGGAGUGGUCUUCUGACCAUGGGUGCAGGUGAAGCAGCCAACUUUGCAGCCUACAUGUUUGCUCCAGCGACAGUGGUCACUCCUCUUGGAGCCCUGAGUGUCCUUAUCAGUGCAGUGUUAUCCUCCUACUUUUUGGGGGAGACAAUGAACUUGUUAGGGAAGAUGGGUUGUGUUCUGUGUCUGCUGGGCAGCACUAUUAUGGUCAUUCAUGCCCCUGAGGAAGAAGAGGUGACCACCUUAAAAGAAAUGACAGAGAAAUUGCUCGACCCAGGCUUCCUCGUGUUUGCCAGCAUCCUCCUGGUGGUUUCAAUGCUCCUUAUCUUCUACUUCUCCCCACGCAUGGGUCAGACCAACAUCUUGAUCUACGUCAGCAUCUGCUCUCUGCUCGGAGCUUUCACCGUGUCCUCAGUCAAGGGGCUGGGCAUCGCUAUACGCAUGGUCUUUUACGAUCUGUCUGUGCUACAUGACCCUCUAACCUGGAUCCUGCUGGUGACCCUUGUGGUCUCUAUCAUAAUCCAGGUCAACUAUCUGAACAAGUCACUGGACACCUUCAACACCCUUCUUGUCUACCCCAUCUACUACGUCUGCUUUACCACAGUGGUUCUGACCACUUCCAUAAUUCUGUUCAAGGAAUGGGGUUCUAUGUCGGGCGUAGACGUGGUUGGCACCAUUGGCGGUUUCCUCGUGAUAGUGUUAGGUGUGAGCAUGCUACAGUUGUUCAAAGAUGUUGAAGUGUCUGUUAAGGGUCUCCGGAGCACUCUGUGCCAACCUGUUGCACAGGAAAGACCAGCCAAGAAGGAAGACAAAUGCAUCCUCAUUGAUAACAUGGAGAGCCUCCCACCCAUGAGGGAAGAUGGCCCCAGAGUCUUCAUCAUCAGCUGA